AUGGACCAGUCCGAGCCUGCUGGGCCCGUGUCGCGCUCUGAGGAGUCCACAUUAUGUGAAAAUAAUGAGCACAAAUUUCGGUUGGAAAAAAGCAUAAUGCUUUUGACAACCCUCUAUUUUGGUGCAUUCCUCGGAACGACCGAUGAGAGCUUUGUUCUUAUUACCUCCCAGCGUAUCGCCGAAGAAUUAGGGGAACCUUCGUCUGCAUUUUGGCUCAUCGCAGGAUACAAUCUUGGCUACUCGGUAGCACUGCCAAUCUAUGGUAGGAUCUAUGAGAUUAUAGGCCAACUGAAAUCCUUCUUGCUUGCCUAUGUGUUAUAUGCAGUUGGAGCCGCCGUGAUGGGAUCAGCGCAACUUAUGCCUGUAGCAAUCAUCGGACGAUUUCUGGCAGGUCUUGGUGGCGCUGGGAUGGUAGACCUUGCAUCAGUUGCUUUAAACGAAAUGGCUGAUCUACGUGAGGUGGCGGUGCUGAGAAGUUACCUUACUGCCUGCGUGGUUCUUGGAGGACUUGUCGGUGCUCCUUUAGGAGCCCUCUUUACCAGUUUGUUGGGAUGGCGAAUUGCCUUUUUCAUCCACAUACCGCUGGUAGGCAUUUGUGCUAUGAUCACGAUAUUCAAGCUCCUUGUCAAUGCCAAGGCCUCCUCACAAGAAGCGGGCGUCGAAGAUGAAGAGAAAUGGACAAAGAAGCCAACUACGGAGACGGCAGAGCGCCCAUCAAUUGACAUACCAGGAAUAAUCACCCUGAGUUUCACUAUUGUCGCCUUCGUUCUUCUUAUCCAAUUUUCAUCGCAGUACGAUCUGAGUGGUCCUCGGAUUGGUAUUCCUAUAGGUCUUUCAGUUGCCCUCCUGAUCAGUGGCACAAUAUUCGGAUUGAUUGAACUGAAAUGGGCUAGCAACCCUGUGAUUCCGUUCCAUCUCAUCAAGAGUACCCAAGUUGGUCUGAUAUGGUGCGCGACCUUCUUCUCCUCGAUGGGGAUCUACAUUGUGAGUGAUUGGAUUAAACUCACCGGACUAAGCUUGAUAUGGCAAACUGACAUGUCACUCGCACAAGAUCGCUUCUACAACUAG